UUCUCCCCUCAAAAGAACCCAAAGAGGACUACGUCCAAUUCACAUGGGUUCAGAAAAUCAUACUAAAGACGAGUUUCAAGUCAAUAUAACCAGCAAGAGUAUCCUACAAGCUACCCAUUCCAACCCCAACAGUCUCAACCUAGCUCUCUCCAAUCUUGACCUCCUCUCUGGCCGUUUUCCAGUUACCUACUUCUAUUUCUACCGUAAUCUAGCAACUAAAAACUUCACGUCCAUAGUUGAAAUCCUUAAGAGCUCUCUCACUAUUACUCUGAACCACUUCUAUCCAUUUGCAGGCCGAAUAGUUCAGAACCCUAGAACCAAUGAGCCCGAAAUUGUUUGUGAUAACACAGGUGCUCUCUUUCUCGAAGCCUAUGCCGAUAUUGCUCUAAAUGAGACAGAAUUCCACAAUCUUGACCAGUUCAUGAAGGGCAAGCUUGUAAAUAUUGACCCAAACUUCGCGCUGCAAGUUCAAGUGACACAAUUCUCCUGUGGAGGCACUUCGAUUACUUUCACCUUCGACCAUGCUCUCGGAGAUGCAAGUGCCUUCGGCAAGUUUCUUGUUUCAUGGUCGGAGAUAGCCCAACACAAGCAAAUUUCAUGCAUGCCAGACCACAGAAGAAACCUACGAGCACGCAACCCUCCAACCUACCAUCCUUCCUUGAACCAAGCUUUUGUAAAGUGCACAAUUGAAGAGAUAUUAAAUAUUCCAACUAAGGAGGAUAUCUUGCUUAAGCGACUCUAUCAUAUAGAUGCCGCGAGCAUCGAUCAUCUCCAGAAACUUGCUUCUUCAAAAGGUCAGAGGACCAAAAUUGAGGCGUUAUCAGCUCAUAUAUGGAAAGUAAUGGUGGGCGCGAUCGGUGAAGCUCACAAGGAGUGCAGGAUGGGUUGGCUAGUUGAUGGAAGAACAAGGAUGUGCAGAGAUUCUUCUUUAAAUUCAAUGUCAAAUUACAUAGGAAACGUGCUCUCUUUGGCAGUUGGAGAGGCAAGUGUCAAGGAUCUAAACGACGGCUCACUAUCAGAAAUAGCUAACCGAGUUCACAAUGCAAUCUCAAGGGUAACUAAUAGGGACCACUUCCUGGACCUAAUUGACUGGAUUGAGUGCCACAGGCCAGGUUUGAUGCUGUCAAGAGUAGUACUUGGUCAAGGAGGGCCAACCCUUGUUUUGUCAUCAGGCCGAAGGUUUCCUGUUGCAGAAUUGGACUUUGGGUUUGGGAGUCCAAUACUAGGAACAGUUUGUUCCACCAUAGAACGGAUUGGAGUAGCUUACAUGAAUCAAAGGCCAAGUGCAAGAAACGAUGGUUCGUGGACUCUGUCGGCCAUUAUAUGGCCCAAGCUAGCUGCUGUAUUAGAGUCGGAUCCAAUCUUUCAGCCCAUGUCUACAAAACAUCUUCAACUUUAGAUAUUAUCUAAUGGUUCCUAAAACUAAGAGAGGAAGAUAACUAUAACAUUCCUGUGAAUUGGGUUUUCUAGUGAUAAAUAAAUAAAGGAUGUAAAUUUUCAUAAA